GCAUGCCAAUACGCGUUGGCAGCCGACAGCGCGCACAUUUGACAAGUGCUGAGCAUGGAGCGGUUGUGAGCACUUUGGUUGCCGCUGGUGGCAUACCAUUAUUGGUUUCCAUUACUGCUGAAUACUGUUUUGGCAUAGAAUCAAAUCCGGCCACGCAAGCACGCUGCUUAAAUCCACACGAUAGCGGACGCACACCAGGUGGCUCUUCCGGUGGAGAGGCCGCUUUGAAUGGCGCUGGUGCCAGUUUAUUUGGCAUUGGCUCCGACAUCGGCGGAUCUAUUCGUAUUCCAGCUUUAUUUAAUGGCGUUUUUGGACACAAACCCACAGGUGGCCUCACUUCUAUUGAGGGACAUUUUCCAGGUAGUAAGGAUGCAGAUUGCCAACAGUAUCUUGCAUUGGGUCCUAUUACACGCUUUGGUCGAGAUUUGGGUUUGCUAAUGCAAGUUAUAGCUGGAAAAAAUGCCGAAAAGCUAGAUUUACUGACACCAGUGAAUACAAAGGACAUCAAGAUUUUCUACGCAUUUGGAUUUGAUGGACUCAACGGUUUUUUGCAUUCGUCACCAGUAUACGAAAUGAAGCUUUCCAUUCUGAAAGCUUUAAAGUUCUUUGAGAAUCGUGGUUGUAUAAUCGAAAAAGCUUCAAUGAAAGCUUUCAAACACUCAGUUGAAGUGACGUUUAGUUGUGUUGCACUUCUGCAAGACUUCCCUUAUUUAAUAAACAGUUCAAAUCCAAAUAAAGUACGAGAACAUUUGAUUGAAUUUGCAAAAGCUCUUUUCGGUAAGUCAGAGUAUACCAAAGAAGCGAUAUACUUCGAUAUCUUGCGACGAACCCAUGCCUUCAUGAAGAAAGAGAGUUUACACAAAUACAAAGCUGAAGUCGACACAUUGAAAACUGAAUUAGCUCAAAUGUUAGGCCCUAAUGGCGUUCUCUUCUUUCCCACUUUCCACGUGCCUGCUUUGCAUCAUAACACCUCCACUUUGGCGUUAUGGAGUAUAGAUUAUACUAUGAUCUUUAAUAUCCUCGGUUUCCCAGCCACUCACAUUCCUAUGGGCCAUGAUGGUAAUGGCUUGCCUGUUGGCUUUCAAGUUGUCGCUGCACCGUACAAAGAUAAGCUAGGCAUUCAAAUAGCUGGCGAAUUGGAGUCAGCAUUCGGUGGUUGGGUUAUACCUACGCCACAUGAUCUCCAGCCUUUAGAAAGGAGUUGAUAAAUGAGUAGUUGAUGAUUUUUAGUUAUUUACAUACAUAUAGUAUGUAUAUAGUUAAAAAAAGAAUAAGCAUCUUUAUAAAGUUUGUACACUUUUGUAUACUAAUAAAGUACUUAAAAAAAGAAAC